UCAAUAUUCUAUUAUUCAAAAACUAUUAGUUAAAGUAUUAUUAGUUUUUAUUUUUUUGUAAUUACACUUAAGCUUCGUAGGUAACUGGUAAACGUAUUAAUUAUUAAGUACACGGUAAUACGGUAUUGAAUCGUAUAAUUAUUAUUUAUUUUUUAUUUUUUACCAAGUUUGCAUUUUGUGAUCAGUUUUUGACUAAUCAUGUCCGCUCAAUGUGAGAAAGUAAACUCUACUAGUCCAGCCUUCGAGUUUGGUCCUAAAUUAAAGCUGUUGCGCUCCAAUGACCAAGUCCGAGAACUGCAGACCAUACUCAGAGACAAAAACACAAGUCGAACGGAUUUCAAAUUUUAUGCUGACCGUCUAAUUCGUCUAGUCAUUGAGGAAAGUUUAAACCAGUUACCAUUUGAUACUUGUAUGGUUAUGACACCUACUGGUAAUUACUACAAAGGUACCAAAUACCAAAGAGGUAACUGUGGUGUCAGUAUUGUACGUAGUGGGGAGGCUAUGGAACAAGGUCUACGAGACUGUUGUCGAUCAAUACGCAUUGGUAAAAUAUUGGUAGAAUCAGAUUCAGAUACUCAUGAAGCCCGUGUAGUAUAUGCUAAAUUUCCUCAUGAUAUAGCUGAUAGGAAAGUUUUAUUAAUGUAUCCAAUAAUGAGUACUGGUAAUACUGUUAUUAAAGCAGUGAAUGUAUUAAAGGAACAUCGGGUGGCAGAAGACAAUAUAAUUCUAUCAAACUUAUUUACUACACCUAUUGCUGCUCAAACUAUAACCACAGCAUUCCCAUUGAUGACCAUACUAACUUCAGAACUUUAUCACAUCGCACCCAAUCAUUUUGGCCAAAAAUAUUUUGGUACUGAUUAAAUAUGUUAUUUAAUUUAUUAUUAAUAUUUGCACAACAUUACAUUUUUGGUAAGUAAGACUUUUACCAUGCAAAUUACAAUGUGACCAAUUUAAA